UCACUAACUAAUCUGUUGUACUUGUGUUCACAUAUGAGCAGGAUGUUCACGUACACGGUGUCUGUCACUACUGGCAAUCAGAAGUUUGCUGGGACGAAUGAUAACAUUUACCUGACGCUGGUGGGCUCGGAGAGAUGCAGUGACCAGACUCUACUGGACAAAUCCUUCUUUGACAGCUUUGCAAGAGGAUCGGUGGCAUCUGUUGACGUCAGCGUGAAGGAGAUCCUUGGAGACAUAGUGCUGGUGAAACUUCAGAAGGGGAAAUUCUUGUUCAAUGAUCAGUGGUACUGCAGAUGCAUCAAUGUGACGACUCCGUCUGGAGAGCACGUCGAGUUCCCCUGUUAUCGCUGGAUAGCCAAUGAACAGGAAGUGGUUCUUCGAGAUGGCAAGGGUCGAUUACCUCAGGAUGAUAAUAUGAAAGAGAACAGGCACGCGGAGCUGGAAUCCAGACAACAAAUGUUCAGGUGGAAGGAGUGGCGCACUGGUUUCCCCCUGAGCAUCGAUGCCAACACAAGCACUGAACUUCCUUUGGACAUUCAGUUUGAAACGGCAAAAAGUGUGGACUUCUCUUUGAAUUUCCUUGAAGCGAUUGCCAAUCUUGGUCUUAAUAAAUUUAUGAAGUUGUUCCAGUCCUCUUGGACCAAUAUUGAAGAUUUCAGAAAAAUAUUUGUGGAAAUCAAGAACACUGUGUCAGAGCAUGUGAUGCAGAACUGGAACGAGGACUUAAUGUUUGGCUAUCAGUUCUUGAACGGCUGCAAUCCUGUGAUGAUCAGUAAGUGCAUGAAUCUUCCAGACAACUUUGCAGUCACACAGGAGAUGGUGGGAUGCUCCCUGGAUAGAGGUCUCACACUACAGGAGGAAUUAAAGGCAGGAAACAUCUACAUAGCAGACUAUGGAAUACUGGAGGGAGUGCAAGCCAAUGCCACAGACCCAGAUACCCAGCAGUAUUUGGCUGCUCCCUUCUGUCUGUUGUACAAGAACAACCAGAAUGAAAUCCUACCGAUUGCUAUUCAGCUCAGCCGUCAGACCACCGCUGAGAUCUUUCUCCCAAGCGAUGAUCAGUACGACUGGAUGCUGGCCAAGAUGUGGGUGAAAUGCUCUGACUUCAAUGUACACCAGCUGGUCACACACCUUCUCAGGACACAUCUGACCUCUGAGGUUUUUACCAUCGCCAUGUACAGACAGCUCUCUGCAGUUCAUCCCAUAUACAAGUUGCUGAUACCUCAUGUACGUUACACUGUUGCCAUCAACACUGCAGCUCGUGAAAAUCUCAUUGGUGAAUCUGGGGUCUUUGAGAAGGCUAACGGCACCGGUGGGAUUGCAGUUGUUGAAGUGAUUCAAAAGGCCAUGAAGACUUUAACCUACAAGUCCAUGUGCUUCCCUGAGUCAGUGAAAGCUCGAGGAGUGGACAACAAGGACGACCUGCCCAACUACUACUACAGAGAUGAUGGCAUGAUGGUCUGGGAGGCAGUGAGAAGUUUCGUUUCUGAUGUGGUCAGGAUCUACUACAGCAGUGAUGAGUCUGUUCAGGAGGACGAGGAGAUCCAGGCAUUUGUUCAAGAUGUUUGUUUCUCUGGUAUGAAGAACUGUCCCAAGAAUGGUGAAUUUCCAGAGUUCCUGAAAACUCGUGAGCAGUUGGUUGAGUACCUGACUGUUGUGAUUUUCACAGCUUCAGCACAACAUGCUGCUGUUAACUUCGGACAGUUUGACUGGUUUGCCUGGGUCCCCAACAGUCCUUCCACCAUGAGGAAGCCUCCUGCCACACAGAAGGGCCAGGUGGAUAUGAAGUACAUCAUGGAGAGUCUGCCGGACCGUGGACGUGCCAGUUGGCAUCUAGGAGCAGUCUGGGCACUUAGUCAGUUCCAGGACGGAGAGCUGUUUUUAGGUGUGUAUCCAGACAACUACUUCACUGAGCAACCAGUCAUGGAGGCCACUACGACUUUCCGCAAGAAAUUAGUUGAAGUGACCAACAUCAUCAAGAGCCGAAAUGAAAACCUGAAAUUGCCCUAUUGGUAUCUGUCUCCAGACAGAAUCCCCAACAGCGUCGCCAUCUGAGAGAACAACUCUGGGAAAUGUGUAUAUAUAUAUAUAUAUAUAUAUAUAUAUAUAUAUAUAUAUAUUUAACUGGGGUAUUCGGAUCCACCUGACAAAAUAUCUUCAUAAACAAAAAUCAUUACUACGGUAACUGUAAGGAUUUUUUUGAAAAUGGUAAUCUGGAUGAAAAUAAUACAAAGUAUUAUACACUUACACCAAGAAUCGGAUGUCAUUACAAAAAAAAAAAAAUGCAAUUAAGAUUCACAGUAAUUGAAAUGUGAUGCAUUUAGGGAUUCUAAUCAGCAACCUACGGGUGUAUGUUACUUCAUGGAGCAAUCAUAUGCAAACAAAGAAAUUUAAUUUUUAUAAUCAUUAGUCAUUCACGUAAUUGUAAUUUGAUUUAUCAUUUAAUCACGUGUUCAGUUUAUGCCAUUUCACUGCAUAUUCAUCAUUUUAUUACUCUUCAAUUGUGUCAUUUUAAUGUGUUUAUAUUUUAUAUUACUUAUUAUUUCCAUUCUAUCUUAUGAUUGUUGGGUUUUGUAACAAAUUAACACUUGUUGGAUUUGUGCUGAUUAGAUGAAGUCUGAGCAUUGAAAGAUACUAAGAUUAUUCAAUAAACCAAGUU